AUGCUUCCCCGAACGGAACCUUUCCACAGACAGGGGAGCUACAGAUCCCAGAUAGGAUCGUCAAGCGGCCGCCAUAACGGGAGCGGGCAGUGGACCCCUUCCAGCCAGGCGUCUACUACAAGCAGUCGAGCUCCCAGUUCACGGACCUGCGAACCAACCCAAUGGCAGAAUGGGCAACAUCGUUUCGACUCUCCAACGCCUCCUUUCAACAAUCUCAACGGAGUAUGGUCGCCUCAGCCUCCAUUCGACGAGCGAGAGAAGGUCAAGAUCGCCAUAAUCUGUGCUCUACCAAAAGAGGCGGAUGAAGUUCUCGCUGUCUUUGACAGACCGCGCGAUGGUAGGAGAUGGUUCCAGAAGACAGCCCGCGAUAAGCUCGCAUGCACCAUCCGCUUCGUCAGGAGUCACCCUGUCGUGGUGGUCCAUAUGCCCGGUGCAGGCAAAAUCAAUGCGGCGCGCGUGGCGGAACAUCUCAGUACCAGCUUCUGCAAUAUCCAGCUUGCUUUGUUGGUCGGUAUCUGUGGAGGUGUCCCAGGCGGUCCUGACGGCUCGGGAGACGUUCGUCUCGGUGACGUGAUAAUAAGCCAGUCGAUUAUUCCGUACGAUGACGGCAAGCAAUAUCCGGGAGCAUUCGAGCGGAAGCCGUCAGCCACGAGCACCUCAUGGGAAGUUCGGACUGCCCUUACACAGUUAGAAAUUGGGGAAUAUCGCGAACUCUUACAAAACAGGCUCAACGAUCUACUACGUGACCUCCAGGUCCGGCAUCGAAGGGUGGCAUAUCCUGGCAUAGGACUCGACCGGCUUUUCGAACCACCCUACCUGCACAAACAUCGAGAUACAAGUUGCAAGACUUGUAAUGCUCUAUCCGAUUCUGUUGCCUGUUCGGAAGCGCGCAGCUCGCCAUGUUCUAGACUUGGCUGCGAAGAUUGGCGUCUGGUUCGACGUCCGCCUCGAUUCCUAUUCCCCGACGGAAAAGAAGCACCCUCUAUCCACAUUGGUACCAUAGGCUCGGGAGAUCUGGUCAUGAAGUCAGGCAUUCACCGCGAUGCCAUUGCACAGAAGGAAGGCAUCAUUGCUUUCGAGAUGGAAGGCGCCGGAUUGAUUGACCAUAAAUUCCCCUGUCUCGUGAUCAAGGGCGUUGCCGACUACGCCGAUAGCCACAAGAACGACGUUUGGCACCACUAUGCAGCUGCUGCCGCCGCCUGCUGCGCCAGAGCUUUCCUGGAGAGUUUUUGGACCGAACAACCAAUGGAAUAUCCCGGGCAUGGCUUCGAUCAGUGGCCUUUUCACGGCUCGCCAGAGUCAACGAUGGCCUCCCAUGCGUCCGAACUUCCAUCGUCAGAAGAUCGCACUCAUCAAUCGGCGGUUUGGUGUGUACCACUGCGUCGAAAGCCCGGGUUUUCAGGAAGGAUCAACGAGCUUGCAGCCUUGGGGUCCAUGUUCAACAACCCCGACUGCUCAUCCAUCUCUUUGUAUGGAUUGGGCGGCGUUGGCAAGACCAAUCUUGCCCUAGAGUUUGCCUGGUCCCUCAGAGCGAAAUCCCCUGAUGUUUCUAUCUUUUGGGUCCACGCGUCAGAUGCCAUCAAUUUUGAAAAUGGCUAUGCAGAGAUCGCUCGCCACUUAGAGAUCUCUUCAAUGGCAGAACUGCAAACCGACCUGAAGCAUUUGGUAAAGCAACGCCUAAGUCAGGAGAACUUUGGUCCCUGGCUCCUCAUCAUCGAUAAUGUAGACGAUUUUGGACGCUUUUUUGGCGACAAAGCCACCGACGCCUCCAAUCGACUCUACUCCUUCGUUCCACAAAGCUCUCAAGGCUGUACCCUCAUCACCACACGCUCCAAAAAGGUGGCUCUCAAGUUCAGUCGCAGCUACCAUGUCGAAAUCCCUUGCUUGGAUCAGGAGGGCGCUCUUACGCUCCUGGAAACCUUGCUUGAGCCUUUGCCUUCUGCUCUGGACAGAACUCUCGCCUGCUCCCUUAUGGAUCGUCUGGAUCAUCUCCCUCUUGCGAUUGCGCAAGCUACAGCAUACAUCAACCUCAACAGAAUUGAUGUGUCAGAUUACGUGGCUUUGUUAGACGACAAGGAAGAAAUGGUAUUUGAAUUAUUGGACGAAGAUUUCGAGGACGAAGUGCUAGCGCCGGAGGCCAAGAGAUCCAUUAUUUCAACCUGGAGAAUCACGUUUGAAAGCAUUGCACGCCAUAGUCCAUUGGCUCAGGAGUACCUGGCGAUAAUUGCGUGCAUCGACUCGAAGAUUAUUCCCGAGCGGCUUUUGCCACAGGGCGGUUCCCCGAAGCACAAAAUAGAUGCAUUAGGUCUGCUAGCUGGAUACUCCUUCUUGACACGAAGAGAUUCGGAUUCCGGUAGCAGCAAAACCUACGAUAUGCACAGCCUGGUCCAUCUGGCGUGCCGGAGUUGGCUUCAAGAUAAGUCGGCCUUGCAGACAUGGGCUCCUAGGGCGCUCAUUCACAUGCUGGAGACCUUCCCAAAGCCCGAACACACCAACAGAUCCGCCUGGUCAUUGUACCUCCCCCACGCUUCUCGAAUCCUGCGUUCGCCUCACAUUGCUGACAUGGAAAACCGCUUCGAGCUCGAGUACUUAGUUGGGCAAUGUCUAUUUCUAGAGGGCAAAUACCGUGACGCCACAGACAAAUUCAGAAUUGUUGUGGGACAUUGGGAGAAGAUUCUCGAGCCUUUUCAUCACGCCCUUCUACAGGCUUACAUUCGCUUGUCUGUGGCCUUGGAACGCUGGAGUCAACUGAAAGAGUCAUUGGAGUACGGCCAGAAAGCACUUCGCGGUUACACAUCAACAUUGCCUGCUGAUGAUCCCCUUAUACUCAGUGCCUUUGCCAACAUCGCUUCGUUGUGGCGAAGACAACACAAUUGGGAAGAUGCUCUCCAGUACGAUCAGAAAAUCAUGAUAGCAAGACAGAGAGUUCUCGGUGACAAUCAUCCAGACACAUUGAGCAGUAUGGCCGAUUUAGCGUCGUCCUACAAAAGCAUGGGCUCGCAUGAAAAAGCAGAGGAACUUCUCCACCGCGUAGUGGAAGGGCAGAGAUUGGCAUUGGGAGGGGAUGACCCAGUCUUUCUUACAUCACUGGCGCGCCUCGCCUCGAUUUAUCGUUGUUUGGGUAAGCUUGCAGAGGCCGAGAAACUCGGAUUAGACGUCCUGGAGCGGAGAAAACGAAUCCUCGGGCUGUAUCACCCUGAAACUCUUCGGAGCAUGGCCAACUUGGGGUCCACGUGGCGCCAGCAAAAGCGAUGGCAGGAUGCCGAACGUAUUGAAAGUGAAGUCUUGAAGUUGCGAACCAGUAUUUUAGGGAGCGAAGAUCCUCAUACUUUGACGGCCAUGGGAAACCUUGCAGCCACCUAUCGCAGUCAAGGCAAAUAUGAUAAAGCAGAAGAGCAGGACAGAAACAGGCUCGAGAUUCAAAAACGGAGACUUGGGUUGUACGACCCUUCAACCCUCUCAACCUUGUGCAGCAUAGCUUCGACGUACCGAAAGUCCAACCGGAGGGCCGAGGCGGACAAGAUUAGCAAAGAAGUGUUGGAUCACUGUCGACAUGCACUGGGGGAAAAGCAUCCUCAAACACUAGCAUACAUGGCUGAAGUUGCUUACAUUCACAAGCGAGAGGGAAAUAUAAAAGAAGCCACUUCCCUCGCUCGACAGGUGUUAGCGGAGCGAGAACGCAAAAUGGGCCCCCAAAACAAGCUGGUGCGGGAAAUGAGGCAUUUCCUGUCAACCUUACAUCGGCAGCGUUAUCAGCAGAGGGAGAGGAGAGAGUAUCCGACAAGACGAGCCAAUAUCUCUGAGCCUAUAUUGCUUCAAAGGCAGGGUGCCAUUACUCGACACGAUCUGGUCAAAGAGACCUCAACGACAAUACUGAAUGUCCCAGGAAGGAGAUCAGGAGUACUUCGUACGCGAACUCUCCAGUCAAAAUGA